AUUAAAAAAAAAUAAAAUUUAAACAUAAUUUCAAAUAACGCCCUAAUAAGCAGAGUUACGGAUUUUUCUCCCAAAAGUUUACCAGUUUUGUUUAUAAAACUAAACGUAAAUAAACACAAAUUGUAUAAAAAUUUUCGAAAUUUUUUUUACAAAACGCCAGUUUUAAACAUAAUAUAUGGUAAUGGCAGAGAUUGGUGGCCAUUUGGCUCACCAGCUUCCCUUGCACAAUCACAAUCAAACUGGAUUACAACCGUCGCUGGUGAUGAACCAUCACCUGGAUUUAGAUUGUCAUGGACAUGAUGUUAUAAAAAAACAACGUCUAUCCUUAUGUGUGGGUUGUGGUGGGCAAAUUCAUGAUCAGUAUAUCCUGCGUGUAGCACCCGAUUUAGAAUGGCAUGCAGCCUGUCUUAAAUGCCAAGAAUGUCGGCAAUUUUUAGAUGAAAGUUGUACGUGUUUUGUGCGUGAUGGCAAGACAUACUGCAAACGCGAUUAUGUUAGAUUAUUUGGUACUAAAUGUGAUAAAUGCGGUAAUUCCUUUAGUAAAAAUGACUUUGUGAUGCGUGCUAAAACGAAAAUAUUCCAUAUAGAAUGUUUUCGCUGUUCAGCAUGUGCGAGACAAUUACUGCCAGGUGAUGAAUUUGCGUUAAGAGAUGGUGGCAUUUUAUAUUGCAAAGAAGAUCAUGAUGUAUUAGAAAAAUCCUCCCAAAGUAGUUUAACUUCAUCCUCUAUAGAGAGCAACAAUAACAAUAGCUGUAGUAAUAAUAACAAUCAUUCAAGUCUUAGUAAUAAUAAUCAUUCCAGCGAAUUGGGUUCAAUGUCAGAUUCUGGCAGCGAAUCGGGCUCACAUAAAAGUAUUAGGGAAAAAAGACCAUCGGGACCAUCGGAUGGUAAACCAACCAGAGUAAGAACUGUGCUCAACGAAAAGCAAUUACAUACAUUAAGAACCUGCUAUAAUGCUAAUCCGCGACCUGAUGCGCUCAUGAAAGAGCAACUGGUGGAAAUGACAAGUCUUUCACCACGCGUCAUACGAGUGUGGUUUCAAAAUAAACGCUGUAAAGAUAAAAAGAAAACCAUACAAAUGAAAUUGCAAAUGCAACAGGAAAAGGAGGGUCGCAAACUGGGCUAUGGUGCUAUGCAGGGUAUACCUAUGAUAGCCAGUUCACCGGUUAGACAUGAUUCUCCUUUGAACCUGCAGGGCAUCGAUGUGCAAACAUAUCAACCGCCAUGGAAAGCUUUGUCCGACUUUGCCCUUCAUGCUGAUCUCGAUAGCAAUGGUGCCAUCAACACCCAUACACCAGCAUUUCAACAACUAGUCAAUCAGAUGCAUGGUUAUGAUAUGAAUGGUAUGCCACCCUUGCAGGCCCAUCAACAGGGACCACACCCGCAACCACCAGGUCAUCAAAUGAACGGGCCACCCGGUGGCAGUAUGGACUCAGGAAUUACCUCACACCAUCAUCCGGACAGUACAGAUUCCUAUGUGACCUAUCUGGAGAGCGAAGACAAAACCAAACUAAUGUUGACACCAUCAUCAUCCACCUCCUCCUCCUCCUCCAAUUGUGCAUCAGCAGCAUUAUCGGCCUCAACGUCAGCCACCACAUCCAUAUCAUCACCGCCUACAACAAGCUCUUUUGGGUUUGCCGUUAUAAACAACAACAACAGCAGCAGUAUCCACCAUAGAAAUAGUGACAUUUCCUGUAUCUCGGCACCUAUGCAAAUGCCUUCGGCCACGGAGCAGUUAUUGCAGAUGCUACAAAAAGUAACCGGCGGUCCGACAUCACCACCAUCACAACAAACGCAUCCAUUAGGCCACAUUACAAAUUCAACCGGAGUGCUGUGAACUUGAUGAGUGCGUAAUGGCGGUCAAAAUCAGGGCCCGUGCAAUACAACCAACAAUUAAUAAUACAAACACAUUUUUGCAAAUCAUCCUCGUUCUCUCACACACCCUCUCUCUAUCUCUCUCUCUUUUCAACGAGAUUGGAAAUUUGUUUAUUUUCAAUUUCUAUUUGAAAUCUAACCUCAAAAAUUGUACCAAAAAUUUAAUAUUUGAAAUAUUAGAGGAAAUUAAGAAAGUUGAUUAGUUAAACAAGAAAAUAUUAACAAAUAAAAAAAAUUAGGGACAUUUAAAUUUAGACUUCAAUAUUGUUGUUUUAUCAUUUUAAUUUGUAACAGUUUUCGUUUAAACAGAGCGAAGAAGUUUUAAAAUCAGUUUCUUAAAAUAAAAUGGCUUCUUUAAAGUU